AUGGUUCAAGACCAUCCUGCUUGGAUACUAGCUGAUACCAGUGCUGGUUUGUCCAUAGUCUCAGAUUCUUUCAUUAGUAAGUACCAAAAACCCACAAAACCCAUAAAAACAAGAUCGAUCCAUGGUGUCACUGGGCACCAACUCUCCAUCAAUAGUUCUGCGAGCAUGCAGGUAUCUAUUGGUACACACAAUCUGGGUGUGGUUGAAGCUUCAGUGGCUGACACUGCUGACUAUGACCUCAUCCUGGGGUUCACCGAGCUACAGAGACUCAAACCCACCAUACAAUGGGAUAUGGGCCAGCUGGAGUUCAAGACUCAGGAGCAGGACCGACCCCCAAGGAGACCCCCUGAAGCAGCAAGAGCAGGGGACCUAACCAUUAAGAGACCAACCCUCCAUGGUAACGAGUUUGUCUCGGCAGAGCACAUACUACAAGCAGCUCUGGAAGAUGGACCCAUAGGGUUCAUGCUGUUAGAGGAACCACCAUCAUCACUCCCAGCCUUUGGUUUUGUACCUACAGGCGCAGACAAAGGAGUCGAGAUGGAGGUGGAGGUAGACAAGGUGGUGACGGCUGCAGACAUACCAAAGCCAUACCAACACCUGCGAGAUGUGUUUGAUGAGGUGGAAGCAGACAAGCUGCCCCAUCAUACCAAGCAUGAUCUCCACCUCGAGUUGAUAGAAGGAGGUAAGCCACCUCAAGGGCCCCUAUACCUUAAGGGACCCAAGGAGAUGCCCGAGUUGAGGAGAUACUUGGAUGAGAACCUCGAGAAGGGGUUCAUAAGACCAUCGAAGAGCCCGGCACAAUCACCAGUGCUCUUUGUACCAAAGAAGGAUGGAGGUCUCAGACUCUGUGUGGACUACAGAGGUCUCAACGAGAUCACUGUCAAGAACAGGGCACCAUUGCCCCUCAUCGAGGAGCAGCUGUUCUUACUCAGGAAGGCAAGGAUCUAUACCAAGCUAGACCUUAGAGCAGCAUACAACCUCAUCCAGAUUGCUAAAGGAGAUGAAUGGAAGACAGCUUUUGGCACUCAGUUGGGACUCUAUGAGUACCUAGUGAUGCCCUUUGGCCUAGCCAAUGCUCCAGCGCACUUCCAGUCAUUCAUCAAUGACAUCUUCCAAGACAUCAUUGGGAUAUAUGUGGUAGUAUACCUAGAUGACUUCCUGAUCUUCAGUGACACUGAGGAGGUACAUGUGAAGCAUGUCACCGAGGUCCUCACUCGCUUGAGGAGCAACAGGCUCUUUGCCAAGCUGUCGAAGUGUGAGUUCCACACCAAGAUAGUUGAGUUCCUGGGAUACAUCAUCAAGCCAAUGGGUAUAGAGAUGGACCCAGAAAAGGUGCACACUGUCAAAGAGUGGCCAAUGCUGGAGUCAAUCCAUGACAUCCAGAGGUUCCUGGGUUUUGCCAACUUCUAUCGAAGGUUCAUAGCCCACUUUGCUCGCAUAGCCAAGCCAUUGACAUCACUGGUAAAGCCUAUAGAACAGUUCAAGAAGUUCGAGCUACCAGAGGAGGCCCAACAGGCCUUCCACAAGCUCAUCCAGGCCUUCACAUCAGCAGGAGUGCUUCAGCACUUCAACUACCAUCUUCCAACAAGGAAGAUGUCUUCUGCCGAGAAGAACUAUGAAAUCCAUGACAAGGAGCUCCUAGCUGUGGUUGCCUGCCUUACUCAGUGGCGACACAUGCUAGCUGGACUACUGAACCAACUGGUCAUCCUCACUGACCAUGAAGCCCUCAAGUACUUCAAGUCACAGAGAUGCAUCACAGGUCGUCAGGCUCGAUGGGCAAUACUACUAGCAGACUUCGACUUCAUAUUGCAGUAUCGACCAGGAGACAAAGGUGGUGAACCUGAUGCUCUCACCAGAAGGACAGACAUGCAACCAGCUGGUGAGGAGCAGGAUCACAAUGAGACAGCAGACCAUGACUCGAUCCUAGUGGCCCCUAUGAUCUCGAUGGAGUCCAUAGCAUCAAAAGGUCUCAGAGACCUGGUCAAGAUCUUCCAGCCCUUAGACCAAGAGCUACAGGAGAUACAUACGAAGAAGCCCUUCAAGGUCAAGGACAACCUAUGGUACAGUGGAGGAAGUGCCAAAGAGGUAGAUGGACAGUCUCUCUCUGUAGAGCACCUGCGAUUCAUGGUGAUGACUCAAUGCCAUGAUGGCAUCACUGCUGGACAUGUGGGAAGAGAUGCUACCAUCAAGGCAGCUCAACGACAUUACUGGUGGCCAAACAUGACAGCUUGGAUUGCAGACUAUGUAGCAAGUUGUCCUGUAUGUGCUAGGUACAAAGCUCCUUGUCACCAUCCAUAUGGUUUGCUACAGCCACUAGCAACACCAGACAGGCCCUGGGGCUCCAUAUCCCUUGACUUCAUCGAAGGAUUACCACCAUCAAGGAACUAUGACUCCAUCCUCAUCAUUGUGGACAGGCUGACCAAGUUUGCCAUACUAGCUCCAACCCAUAAGACAGUCAUGGCCAAACAGACUGCAGUGUUGCUAUAUGGACACAUGGUUAGACUUUUCAGAUACCCAGAUCACAUGGUCUCGGACCAAGGCAGGCAGUUCAUAUCAGGAGCAUGGAAGGCAUUUGCAGAACAAAUGGGUGUGAAGCACUCACUUAGCAUGGCCUACCAUCCUCAAACUGAUGGUCAGACAGAGAGGGUCAAUCAGGUCAUAGAGCAGUACCUAAGGAUGUACUGCAACUAUGAGCAGAAUGAUUGGGCCGACCUGCUGGACACUGCAGCCUUUGUAUACAACAACACAGUCCACAACAGCAUUGGUGUCUCACCAUUCUUUGCAUGCUAUGGAUGGAACCCUAAGGCUCAUCCUGAUAUCCCUCAACAGUUGGGAGUCAAUGACCCAGGUUGCUUCAAGUACCUCAUGGAUGGGAAGGAGCAUUGCAAGUACCUCCAGGAACAGAUCAGAGAGGCACAACAUAGAUCAGUAGACCAGUAUAACAGGAAGCACAAGGACAUCGAGUUCAAAGUGGGUGAUAUGGUCUAUAUCAACCAUUGA